UUUUAUUUUAAACAUUGUUAAUCAAAUCAAAAACAUAUAUUACAACCAUGAAUCAUCUCAGAAUGGUGUUUGGAUUUGCAAUAUUUUUCAUGAUGGUAGCAAAUCAUGUUAUUGCAGCAAAUAUUAGUGACAGUAAAAUAUCUUGCAAAACCUUAUGCAGACUUACAUGUAUUCUUUCUGCUCAACCUGUCAUCUGCAAUCAUGCUUGCACAAAAAGAUGCACAAUUCCUAGAAUUUAUCAAGCUAUGACUCAUAACACUAGUUGUUAUGAGAACUGCGCCAAUGUCAACACAGAUGAAAAGAAAAUGGAAAGCUGCUUCGACGAUUGUACAACCAAAUAUUACAAGUCAAAAAGGAGUAUUGUAAAUUAAAGCUAGUAAUAUUUAAUUUGCAUCAUCCAGCCAACUUCAUGGAUAUAAUGUUAUGAUGAACUAUAUUUGUUUCUAAUGAAAUGACUUUACUUUUUGAUA